AUGACGAGCCUGGACGAAGAGUCGAGUCCCGGGGAGCACGACUAUCGAAGAUCCUGCUCCGAGACAGCCCUUUCUGCCAAUCGGCGUCCCCUGCUCCCGUUCGAAUAUGGCCGCUUGAUUGACCACGAAACUGUGAAGCAGGAUUCCCUGUUCCUCCUUGCCGACGUCUACCGGUUCGGCGCCUUCUCGGAGGGCCAAUGCCUCAACACCUUGCACGUGUCCAUCGAUGACAUCGUCCCUGUCGUGGCUCCCGUCAACGCUCUGCUCGAGUACAAGAGUCUGCUCGACUGCCAUCACCUGCGUCUCCAGGAAACUUUGGCGACGCCGCGACGACGUGCGAGAUCCGGAUGGCCGAGAGCGGACAAAGACGGGCACCGUCAGAAAUCGAACCUGGUGACCUUCUGGCUCGAGGAGGACCAUGUGCACUUGGUGGCGCGCACCAAAGAGUUGGCCGCGGCGUGCAAUGAAAGCAUGGGUAUCCUGAUGAACGCCGCUGUGAUCAAUGAGGCGACGAAGGCGGUGGCGCAGACGGAACGCAUGAAGAAAUUGACGCUGAUGGCGACCUUUUCCAUCCCCUUAAGCUUCACCUGCUCCAUUUUUGGGAUGAACGUGCACGAACUCAACUCCAGUCGUUGGAGCAUCUGGGCUUGGAUCGCCGUCACCGUGCCGGUGGUCCCGCUGACUCUGGUCAUGUCCCUGUGCAAUCUUGGUGAACCACGAGGCGCGCGUUGCGCAGGAGAGAUGUGCUCGAUGCGUGGCAAAGCCGGAGGCCUUGGCCGAGACACACGCCUCGGACAAGAACAGCUCGACCCAUCAUUGUUUACCUUGUCGCGGGAAAUGUCCUUGGACGUCGCCAGGGCAUCGUCUAUCGAGCAUGCUUCACGAAUGAUUGGCUAG